AUGGGCAUCCAGGAAGGCAACCAGCACAUGCUCCAACCUAGCCACUCUGAGGCCAAGAUGCUUGUGCAGCUGACUCUCCGGCUGGGCCUGCUGCUCCUCUCCUCCAGGGUCACCAUCUUACAGCUGAUGAACAAUGUGGCUGGCUCAGUGGACGCCCAGGGCACCUGCCGCUGUGUGGUCUAUCUGCCUCACAGCCUCUUCCCUCUGCAAAAAUUGGAACAACUGCAGAGUGCUGACCAAGAGCUGCUGGAGACGUAUGAGAGGAAACUCUCCAAGGUCAGCAGCUACUCCCAAGUCCUCCAGCAGCAAGAACGUGAGAUUCUCGACUGGAGUCAUAGAGUGGAGGCCCUGAUGAGGAUUGCGGCGUCCUCCCCAGGACUGGAUUUUCAAAGCCUCCAGCUGCAGGUACAGGAGGUAGAGAAACUGGUGGAGAAGCUGGUGGAAAAACUGGAAGGCAGAAGCAGUGGCGAUGGUGCAGCCCUAGUCCACCUGGAGGCAGAGGUGAAGAACGUGAGCUCCCUGGUCCAACACCUGGCCAGCUCCCACCAGAUUAACAUCCGAUUGGCCACCCAGGUCCUGGAGGCUCUGGAGAAUCAGCUGCAUGAGUGCAAACAGGAGCAGACCUGGCCAGUCUCUUCCCAUCUGGCACCUAUGCAGUUGGUUGACUCACCUUGGGCCUUCCUCUCUCCCUGUCACUUCUCUCCUGCCCCAGGCUCCUGUGCCCACGGUGGGAUCUUGGCGGUCAGCCGGCCCUUAGUGGUGCAGCUCAACUGGCGGGGCUUCGCUUACAAGGCAGGGGCCUGGGGCCGGGACUUCACCCCGGACCUUGGCCGGAACGGCUACUGGGUUGCUCCGCUGCGCAAGGAUGGACGCUACUUCGACUACUACCGGCUCUACAAGUCAUAUGAUGACCUGGUGCUGUCCAAAGACUACGAAGAGUGGAAGAUGGGCUAUAGGGAUGGCAGCGGGAUCACCGUGUACCAGGGCUUCAUGUACUUCAACUACUACGGGACCGGCGAGAUGGCCAAAGUUGACCUCAACACCAACACCCUGGUCCUACGCAGGGAGCUGCCGGGGGCCACGUUCAACAACCGCUUUUCCUAUGCCGGGGCCCCCUGGCAGGACCUGGACUUUGCCGGAGAUGAGAAGGGGCUGUGGGUGAUCUAUUCCACGGAGGAGAACAGAGGCAACAUGGUCAUCAGUAAGCUCAAUGCCACCACACUGGAGGUGGAGCAGACCUGGAAGACCACACAGUACAAGCCAUCCAUAUCCAACACCUUUUUGGUCUGCGGAGUGCUGUAUGCAGUGCGUUCCCUCAGCACCUGGCAGGAGGAGAUCUUCUACACCUUCGACACCAACACGGGCCAGGAGGGCCGGAUCAGCAUCAUCCUGGACGAGAUGCUCAAGACUCUGCAGAGCAUCACCUACGACCCUUUGGACCACAAGCUGUACGUGUACAAUGAUGGAUAUCUGGUCAUCUACGAUAGCUUCUGGCCUCUGGACACCAGACCCGGGGCCGCCUCCCAUCCCGUGCCGAGGCUGGUCAAGCAUCUAGGGGGAUGGGUGAAGGGGCAGACCCGCUGA